ACAUCUUCCUUUUCCUAAUACAGAAGGCAAUGAUGGCAUUAAAAACUUGUAUUUUGCUUCCAUUUUUCAUGCUUCUCGUCGUAUCUUCAUCCAAAAACAAGCAAUACAAGCCAUGCAAACAACUGGUCCUAUACUUCCACGACAUUAUUUACAAUGGAAAGAACAAAGAGAACGCGACAUCCGCCAUUGUUGCAGCACCCCAAGGAGCAAACUUGACGAUCCUUGCAGGUCAGUUCCAUUUCGGGAAUAUAGCAGUUUUUGACGACCCCAUUACCUUAGACAACAACCUUCAUUCAAAGCCUGUUGGUAGGGCUCAAGGCAUGUACCUUUAUGAUACCAAAAACACGUACACUGCUUGGUUAGGAUUUUCUUUUGUUUUUAACAGCAGUGACUACCAAGGCAGCAUUAAUUUCGUGGGUGCUGAUCCGUUGAUGAAUAAGACUAGGGAUAUAUCUGUGGUGGGUGGCACUGGUGACUUUUUCAUGCAUAGAGGUGUUGCCACUUUGAUGACUGACUCUUUUGAAGGCGAAGUGUAUUUCAGGCUCAGAGUUGAUAUCAAGUUCUAUGAAUGCUGGUGAAAAAAAAAAGAAAAUUUAAAGGGGGGGUGUGGAAAGGAUAAUGAAGUGAAUAAAUCGAGUGAGUUUGUGCUUUGA